AUGAGAAUAGAAAAGUGUUGGUAUUGUUCAGGGAAUAUUUAUCCAGGACAUGGUAUAUUUUUUAUAAGAAAUGAUGCAAAUAUUUUUCGUUUUUGCCGUAGUAAAUGUCAUAAGCAUUUUAAAGCAAAACAUAAUCCUCGUAAAAUAAAAUGGACAAAAAUUUAUAGAAAAGAAAGAAAAAAAGAAUUAAAUUAUGAUAAAACUUAUGAGUUUGAAAAAAUUAGAAAUGAACCAAUAAAAUAUGAUAGAGAUUUAUAUAUUAAAACAAUUAAUGCAAUAAAAAAAAUUGAUGAAAUUAAAGAAAAGAGAAAAUUACGAUAUUACAAAAAUAGAAUUAAAGAAAGUUCUGAAAAAAACAUUAACUUAUCUUUAAAUUAUAUUAAAAAAAAUCCCUUACUCCUGAAAAAUACAGAAUAUGAAAAUACUAUUAAUGACUUAAUUUCUAACGAAAAGGAAGAGAAUAAAAUGAAUUUAAUUAAAAAUACUUUUGAAAGUGAAGAUAUUAUUCAUAAAGAAAAGGAUGAUUUAAUUAAAUUUAAGGCAGAUAUUAAUUCAAUUAAAGAGACAACUGAGUAUAAGAAAAACAAAUUUUUAGAAUUGGUUUAA